GAGAUGCUGUUCCCGAUCCUGACUGACUGAGGUCUCCCAGUCAGGACGUCCAGGAUCCAGUUACUCAUUGUAAUAGGAAAAACUUUCACAUCGACUUGUAUGAUAAAAGACAUGCCCUCUGAGUGAGAGGGUUGGCUUUAGUUACACUCUCUCUUGCUCUUUCACUCUCUCUCCCUCUCUCUUUUGUAAAUUAGCAACAAUAGCCACUUGUAGCUGUGUAAGAAAGGAUUCCUAUUUAGUUGUAUUUCCAUGCUUCACCACUAGAGGCAGAUAUACAGUUUACCAUGCAAUGACAAGCUACCCGUGACAUCACAGUACACCAUCCUCCACCAAGAGUAUAAAAGGCCAGAACACCGAGCAGCGGUCGUCAUUGACCAGUGGCCAUUCGACGUCGUGCAACCUGUCACUCAGCACUGAUCAUUCAGCAGUGGCCCUUCAGUAUGCAUUCUGCAUCAUGCAACCCACCGAACAGCAGCUAGCAGAAGACAGCAAGAAUCACCUCAUAUACAUCAAUUCUAUACCCAGUACAGUAGAGUGUUCUAAAUCCUGUAUCGUGUUUUUACUGACGCGCUGGAGCUAGUACAAUCCCCUGAUCAGCGCAUACCAGAUAGUGAGAAUCCUUAUAUGGUCCUUUCGAACCGGAUAGGAAAACUUCCCAACAAGCUCUCACCAGUGCAAUGCAUCACCUCAGACACUGCAAAGGUUUUGCCCAUGUUUUAUUUCCCAUCGGUCCAAGGCAGCUGAAGAGCUUCAUCCCUGCUGUAUCUGUUUGGUCACAAUGUCUCGCUCUACAUUCAGCGAGCAGUAACCAACACCAGAACUACUCCAGAUUCAAAGGAUCGAGGAUCAGAUAUGCAUUAACUGGCCUGGUCGCUGGAACUGGAGCAGUACUAGCUUAUGGACUUGUUCACAAUAAGGCCGAGCAGGCGGAGAUUCCGGUGACUCAGACCAACUCUCUACCAGUUUACAGCCAAGAAGAAGUUACAAAACAUUGUUCCAUUGAAAAGGGUGUGUGGGUCACUUACAAAGGAGGGGUUUAUGAUAUCACUGACUUUGUGACUGUCCAUCCUGGAGGUGACAAAAUCCUUCUAGCCGCAGGAAAAGCUUUAGAACCCUUUUGGGCACUUUAUGGCGUUCACGAACAGGAACAUGUUCUGGAAAUUCUGUCUGAGUAUAAAGUUGGCAUUCUUCGAGCAGAGGACAGCAAAAAGGACGACAUUAAAUCUGCAGAUCCUUAUUCUACUGACCCUACACGUCAUCCUGCUCUAAUUGUGAAUAGUGUGAAACCCUUUAAUGCUGAACCACCACCAGCCAUUCUUACUGACAAUUACAUCACCCCUUCUGACAUCUUUUUCAAGCGAAACCACCUUCCUGUUCCCCAUAUAGAUCCUAAAACAUACAGGCUAGAAAUCGAGGGCCUACCUGGUGGUACUGUAUCUCUGACUUUGGACGAUCUUAAGACUCUUUUUCCUAAACGUACAUUAAUAGCAACCAUCCAAUGUGCUGGGAACCGACGUUCAGAGAUGAACAAAGUAAAGCAGGUUAAAGGUCUAAACUGGGGAAUUGCAGCAAUCAGUAAUGCUAAAUGGUCAGGUGCAUAUCUAAGAGAUGUUCUAUACCAUUAUGGCUUUAGUCCAGAGGUGGCAGCUAAAGCACGGCAUGUGCAGUUUGAAGGUUUAGAUGUGGAUGUCACUGGUACACCAUAUGGAGCAUCAAUCCCAAUAAACAAGGCUAUGAGUGAAGAGGGUGAUGUCCUGUUAGCAUACAAAAUGAAUGGAGAGGAUCUUCCCGCAGAUCAUGGUUUCCCUGUUCGGGCCAUUGUUCCUGGAGUUGUUGGAGCCAGAAACAUCAAAUGGCUUGGCAAAAUAGUCAUUAGUGAAGAGGAAAGCCAGAGUCACUGGCAGCAGAAUGAUUAUAAAGGCUUUUCACCAGGCACUGAUUGGGACACAGUGGAUUUUAAAUCAGCUCCUGCUAUCCAGGAACUUCCUGUACAGUCAGCCAUCACAAAUCUGGCAGAUGGAUCCUCAAUAGACAGAGACAUGGAUAAAGUGACAGUUAAAGGAUACGCCUGGAGCGGUGGAGGAAGGGAGGUGGUGAGGGUCGACGUGUCAUUGGAUGGAGGAAAAACAUGGCAUGUGGCCAAACUUCAGAGCAGUGAGGAAAUAGAAUCUUCUGCACCUUCUCCUCCACCUGGUCGAGCUUGGGCCUGGAAACUUUGGGAAAUAGAAAUUCCAUUACCAGAAGGUGCUCAGGAGCUCGAGGUUGUUUGCAAAGCGGUUGAUAGUAGUUACAAUACCCAGCCCGACUCUGUGGCACCUAUUUGGAACUUGAGAGGAGUUCUUACCAACGCUUGGCAUCAAGUCAGAGUGAAAGUAAAAUGAGGAUUUGAAUGGAAACCCAGAGAAGUGAAACGUUAAUCCGGAAAACUAAUGUUCCAUCAUGGCAGCCUAAAGUUUGGAUUCAGUCUACAGUAUUAGCAUUGUUCAAUGGCCACAACACUGGUUCAGAUUGAGGUUUUGAGUUUACAACUUUGCAUUCGCAACAACUAAAAACUAGGUAUUUGUUUUACCUCCUGUCCCUUUUUUCAGCUUCUCUUUCUUAGUCAUAUGUGUUUGUACAAAUGGGAAUUUUGCACCCAAGAUUGAAUUUUUAUUCAGUGCAAGCAGGCUAGAUUUGCUUAGGAAGAAUAAAAAGUGAACAAUUAUGGUCAUGGGCAAGUGACAGGAUCGUUCUAGGUUCGGGUUCUGACACUGCCAACAGCUGCUGUUGGGCCUUUUAACUAAAUCCUUCUGAGUUAUAGUUAAAUGGCAUUCAGCUUUACUUCUAAAUCAUUUUCCGAAUAACAUACAUAGUUAGGUAAAUUUGGACAUUUUUGCCGAAUAAGAUAAUUGAUAUAUUUUUUAGUCCAUAUCUUUGUUGUAAAAGUUGAAUACAAUUAGAAACUGCAUAAAAAUAUGCAUCUUUUCUCUUUAUAGAUUGGUACACUUCACACAUUUUCCCUAUAGAGCAUAUGCUUUAUAGCUAAAAAUGUGGAUACCUGACCAUCACACAUAUAUGUUAGCCAUAAGUUCUAAAAUCUUUUACCAUAGUAAAAUCCCAUGUUGUAUAUUAGGAUUUCUAAAGGUCCAAACCUGUUACGGCGUGACAGUAUCCCUAGGCGAGGUCCAUAAAGACAUGGUUUGUCAUGGUUGAAGUGAGUGAACUAGUGAGCCCUGACCUGAAACCUCAAAGAGUGGAGAACAUUUUAACAGCAAAAGAGAAACUGAACGUGGAACUGGAUAUACAAGCAUGCACGUGGGUAAAAUGGUCGUGUCUACAAAUCAGCCCAAAAAUAUCAAAUGUUUGGGUUGAUCAUAAAAACCAAAUGUAAAUUUUAAUUAUUGAUUAGGUUUUUGUGUCAUCUGUGCCAGCACUCGCCAUUAUUGUUCAAACAUUAGACCACUUGAAUUCCGAAUGGGGUUUUCUUCCUCGGCGUACGAAGUGCCAGGAUGAUUACUUGUCGAGGUCACAUUUGAAAAUGGAAACAUUUCUAGUUGCUUUCUAUCAUCACAGAUAGCUCGAGAAACAACCUCACUUAUGUUUAUAGUAAAAAAGUAGCUAUUUAGUUAACGCUUGUCAUUUGCUGAUGACUAAGUGAAGAACAUUCUCUGAAUAUUUUUACCACUAAUGCAAGAAAUCUCAUGCUGUACAUCUGUUUGUCUGCCUGCUACUUUGUUUUUAUUAAUUGAUGUCACUAUGUUGAUUUAGUGUAUUAUAUACAAUACUGUGCAAAUUAUUAAGGAACACUAUAAAGGUUAGAAGCACUAUUUCAAUUUUUUUAAAUCAUACAGUACAUUACACUUCAUGCACAGAAAAAUAAAGAGCAGCACUGAACCAAACGAAAUCA